UCCAGAGCUGGAAUCAAACCUUCAACCACUUGAAGAUGAAGCCCUUCAGUGUAGCAGUUGUGGUGGCCAUGAUGGUGGUUGUUGUGUGUGUUCAUCAGAGCUCUGCUCUUCCAUCCAGUGAGGUGGAAGAGAAACAGGAGAUGAUGAUGGAGAGUCCUGCAGAGGAACAAGAGCAAAUGGCCCUGCACCUCUGGGAGAUGCCACACAGCAGAGAGAAACGUGGCAUCAAGUGUCGCUUCUGCUGCGGCUGCUGCUCUUCAGGAGGCUGUGGAGUCUGCUGCAGAAAAAGAAGAGGCUGAAGGUUCUCAAGAAACUUGAGCAACUGGUGUGAUGAAACGUGCAAUAUAAAUAUACAACUAUAUUUUUGUAAUUUUGUUGACUACUUUAUGUAAAUAAAGCUUUAAA